AUGUCCAAGUCAUUGAUCCAGAUGUGCGCGCUUAUGUGGUUCAACGGCGAGGACCAAGACCGCUACAUCCUGGGUGAUGACGCCCUUGCAUGUCUCCGCGAUAUCAAACGAUGGCUCAAGCUCUACGACGAAAAGAACAAUCGAAUGGACGUGGCGCGAUGCCUCGGAGAAGCCAAUUUGGUGAACGGAGACCUUCUCCCAAUCCUAUCUCUGUGGUGGGCGAACGGGCAGAAGAACAAACAUAUGACCCGUAUUGCCCUGGCGUGUCUGGAACUCCUCGUCCCUUUGACCUGGCCCAUUGAAUAUCACAGCCAAAUGACCGUGAACCACCAUCGCCAUACCGCAUACCUCCAACAAAUCCAAGUCCAAUACAAGCGUGGCGUGCUUAAAUAUGGCGGCCCGAACCUCCUCCGUACCAUUAUUCGAAUCGCUAUCCCGAGUAUGGCAAUGCCUCGAUCCGAACGUGAAGCGCGCGAUGAGGGCAUUUUGAAGCUCAUGCUAUACUUCCUCCGAAAUAUUGCAAUAAUCUCCACCAAUGCAAGACUGGCCGCAGAUGGCGAGGAGGAAGAGACUUCUAGAUCGGCCACUAUCGACGCCUUUCAACAGCAGGAUGCGUUCGCUCUCAUCCUGACCAUGUGUUCCAACGUUGGAGAGGAUUUCAAUCUCCAGGAUGUGAUUUUAUUGGAGAUUCUCUUUCAUCUUGUGAAAGGUGUUAAUGUUGAGAAGCUGUUCAUGGACGACCCCAGGGAAAAAUCCAACGGUGGGAAUGAGCUCAAAGAAAUGCUACGCAAGGAAGCAUUGGCCCAGAAGGAAUACUCGAAAAACGGCCCCCACGCGACACGGGCGUUUUGGGACAAUGAUCUGGAUAAUGACAAAGUGUCUACCGUUUCUGGGCAGAGCAUUCUGAAAGAUAACCAGAGAACUCUCCAGAAAAUGGAUGAGACCAAAAAAUGGAAUAAGCCCAAGCCUCGGAAGAGACAAGAAGAUGUGGUCCAAAAUAACAAUUUCAAUAUGCCCACACCUCUCUCUUUCAGCGCGUCGAAAAACCUCCGGGAUUUCGUCGAGGAGUUCCUCGAUGCUGGGUUCAAUCCUCUCUUCACCCACGUCCGCAAGGCUAUUGAACGGGAGGCCGAGAGGAUCCUUGAAAUCAAUACGCGCCAAUUUUUUUACACUGUUGGCUGGUUCCUCGAAGCUGAACGUGCCCGGCGGUCACGGCAGGUGGCUAAAAUGGCCCAAACAGAGAAAGGACGGAAACUUCCUGAGCCGGAUAGCUUUGGUUUGGUGGCUGCGGUCUUGAAUCAGGAAAUGUUUAUCUCCCUGAACCGUGCAAUGCAGAAUAGCCUGGAUUCAAAGGAAUGGGAAGAUGUCACUGCCCAGAUGCGGUGCUUCACCCAGAUUCUUCUGACUGUCCAAGAGAUGGCUGCAUCACCAAUCGAAGAGGAUCAGGAAAUCGCGGAAAAUAUCCAAAACCGAAUUUUCUACGAGGAAACCACUCACGACCGCAUCAUUUCAAUCGUACGUGGGUAUAAGGACCAAGGAUUCGGUUAUUUGGAUGCUGCAACUGAGCUUGCACAUGUGUUCUUACGAAUGCUUGAGCGAUACUCAAAAGAGAAUGUCGACUUACAGGUGCGGUCUCGUCGAAAGGCUAGGCGCAACAAGAAAAAGACUGAAGAUGCCACUGGCCAAGACGGCGGAGACAAUGACGAAGGCCAGAAAUCCGAAGAGGAGGAUAUAGUGGACGCUGCCAAGGUGUCAAAGGAGCGCUCAUUUGAUUUCAAACGCUUUGCUGCCAAAUUCUGCAACCAAAGCUGCGUUGAUACGUUUGUCGCCUUUACGCAUUCAUAUCGAGAACUAAGCGCUGAGCAGCUCAAACGCGCCCAUCGCUAUUUUUACCGUGUCGCAUUCAAGAACGAGAUGUCGGUCUUGCUGUUCAGAGUGGACAUUAUCAAUCUCUUCUACCGGAUGAUCAAAGGCCCAGGCGCCAUGGAUCCCGACAACAGAUCGGUCUUCAGAGAAUGGGAGGAGCUCGUGCGGCAGCUUAUUCGGCGACUGGUUAAGAAAAUCGACCAACGCCCUGGACUGGUCACCGAGAUGCUUUUCAGCAAGAUGAACUCGACUGCUUUUUAUUUGGAGUAUGGACACGACAAGCAGACUAUAUCCAGGGCUAAGCAAGCGCCGACCAAAUUAGUGAUCAAUCACGAAGAUGCGAAAACACCGCAAGCCAAAUUUGGUAUCGUGGCAGGCGCUCUUACCCUUGACGGACAGUUGGACCUUAUGAAAUGGAUGCUCGAUACCCUCAGCUCAGCAGCUUCCGAGCGAGAGUCCUGGGAGGCCGAAGAGGAAGCUCGCCGUGCUGAGAACCCUGAAGCUACUAGCACCCCGAACCCAAUGAUUCACGUCAAAGCUCGUGACGAGUUCUGCCAAAAAGCCAUGUUUUCGAACGCAAAGCUCCGGCUUCUCAUGGAGCUGGCUGGUUUCGAAAGACUUGGUGUGGCCGACGUUCCGGGUGCUGCUUGGGUGAUUCCUCCAAGCUUGAAGGCCCACGAUCUUCAGGAAAGCGUUGAAAUAAUCAACAGAAUCAUGGUCAACCCGAGAUUAGAAGGCACUGAAGAGGACCCUCGCAAGCUUCUUCAGAGCAAGAAAGCUGCGCGUGACAUGCGAGACUCGUACCAAGUUCACUUCGGCUCCGACUCCGAAGGCGAAGAUAUUGCGCCUGAUGAAGUACUGUUCCCUCCAAACCCACGAACCAAGUCGAGUGCGUUGGAUGAAUUGAAGAAGAAACGGAAGAAGAAGAGCAAAUCAAACUCUGAGCGAGAGCCGUUGGAUGACGAGACAAUCGAGGCGCGCCGCCAAUCACGUCUUACCAAUGACCUUGCCCGCCAGGCAAAGAUCAAGAGUGAUCUGUUCAUCCAUGCCAGUGAUGAGGAAAGCGACGAGGACGGAGACCAAGAGUUCUUUCGACUCGAAGAAGAGCGGCGAAAGAAACAAGCCGCGAAGGUCAAGAAAGCCAUGCUCCUUGGAAUCGCCGAGCAGAAGGGCAAGAAAGCAAGCGUGCGCAAGCGGAAAAGCGACACAGGCACUUCGGAGCCGAAACGGCGCCGGCAUGAAUCCGGGUCUGCCGGAAGUGAUGGCGAUGGCGAUGACGAUGAGGAUAUCUCGAUGGCAGACGUAGAUGCUGCAUCGCCUGGUUCACAACAGGAUGUCUCUGCCAGUCAUGGCUUUCACGACGAAGAUACCCCAUUGACAUCCGCCGAAGAUGAACUCAUGUUUGAUGACGAUCUCGCAUUCAGCCGCAACCACCAAUCUAAACCCUCUAUGCUCGAGAGUGACGAAGCUGAGGAAGAAGACGCACCGGUGGUACCAUCGCGGCGUGUGCGUGGUGGAUUUGUUAUCGAUAGCGACUCAGAAUGA